AUGCGUCAUUCGGAUCCCACGGCUGCUUCGGCGGAGGACGCCUCCAGUUUAGCCCGGAGCUACCGCUACUUUGUUGGAGGCAUACAGCGUCAAAUCACGCAACAAGACCUCGAACACUACUUUGCAAGCCUCGGAGACUUGUACAAUUUUACGCUGAAGCGCGAUUCUGCAGGCAAUUCACGGGGGUUCGGAUGGGCGUCGUACCGAAGUCCACCAUCGGCCCUUAUGCGACAAGCGGGACAUGUGCUGAAGGGCGCUGCCCUGACUGUGGAGCCGGCGCGUAGUCACGGCCCGCACGAAAGCACCCGCCCUGAUAGACGUGGCCAGGCGAAUGAGGUGGUUCCCACGCGCCGCCGCCGCCGAUCGCGUUCUCGCUCGCGUUCUCGUUCUCGUUCUCUCUCUUCGAGUUCCUCGUCCUCCAUGGCGCCGCGGCGGGGCGGCUACCGUCGCUUUACGUCAUCGCGUCACGAAUCCGCCGGCAGCAGUUCACGGCUGCCUUCUAUAGCCGUGGGAGCCUCCCGCUUGCCGCCGCUUUCGGCGCAGUUGCAGGCCCCGGCCCCUCCCGGAGGGGCGCCGCCGUCCGCCACAGGCUACGAGGCAAUGUCUCUCGCCAGCAAUCACGACGCCGCCAGUACGGCGGGCGACACGUACCUUUGCAUCCCCAUGACGCUGUGCCCCCCGGAGUACCUCAAUGAUCCUCGAACCUUCUGCGCCAAACUUGACCAGAACCGCGUUGGCAGCCUCAACAUCGUCCCAACACCGCUUGUUCCUGCAAAUUCAGCACCCGUCGCUGUUUCAGUUCCACCACCACCGCCGCCGCCGCCGCCUCCCGCGCAGGAUCUCAGUCAGCUUUCUUCCAUGGUUAGCAGGAGCUCGCGAAACAACACGGGUUUGCCACCGUCCUACUCAGCGUCAUAA